AUGGCCAACCUCCCAUCGCAACAUCCCACCCUCUCUCUCCAUCUCUCCGACGUCACCCUCACCCCGCUCAUCACCUCGGCCUCGUCGCAAUCACACCUCGAAUCCCUCACAGCUCUCACUUCAAGUGCCCUCUCCUCCCAGACCGCCGCUCAGCGACUCGGCCUCGGUCGUCCCCAACGUCUCAUGGUUGAGUACCCCGAGCGUGGGCCUGUUGUAAUACACUCAUAUCUUGAUCCUCGCGACGCUGCUGAUACAACUACCAACAACGCCGCCGCGACCGCCGCGACCGCCUCUAGCCGCCCGGGCUCAGCGCCCGGGUCAAGCCACGGCCCCGACUCUAGAGCACCUCAGUCUGAACCUGUGACGUCCCAUGAUGACCCACGAUCCGAGGAUGCGGCCCCGUUGCUCGUUGGUGUGGUCGUCGCAGGGUCCGCAGAUGAAGCAAGAGAAGCCCGCCGCGCCUCUACAAGGUUAGAGCGCGUGGGAAGAGAAUUCCAGAGGGAGUGGGCUGCUGAGAGUAGUCAAGAGCGUGCAAAUGACGAGGGGCCAGAGUGA